GGCGCCGACGAUAUUGACUGUUGGGGAUGUGGAGCGGGAUAUGUCUGAUGCCGUCUCCGAACGUCUCUCAUUCUCGUACCUCGAGGAGGAAGAAGAAGAGUCCGAAGACGAUGAAGGGCUAACUGAAGAGGAACGCCUCGACAAAUUCCGCCACCGUCCAAAAAACUUCCUCAUCCUCUCCCGCGCCGGAAAACCCAUCUACGCAACCUACGGCGACGAACUCCUCAUCGCAGGCUACGUCGCCGUCAUACAAACCAUCAUCUCAUUCUGGGAAGACCUCGACGACCAACUUAAAUCCUUCGAGGCUGGACCAUACAGAUUUGUGGUCAUGGCAGAGGGUGGGUUAUAUCUGGUUGCGAUAAGCUCGUGCGAGGAGAGUGAGGGACAAUUGAGGACGCAGCUUGAUGCGCUGUAUACGCAGAUUGUGAGUACACUGACGUUGCCCGCUUUGAACAGCGCUUUCUCUCGUCGCGGAAAUUAUGAUUUGAGGAGGUUGCUUGGAGGGACGGAUGUUUUUUUGAGGAGUUUUGGGAGGGGAAUGUGUAGGGGAUUUGAGGCUGGGGUGUUGGUUGGGGGUGUGGAGAGUUUGUGGUUACGACAAAGAACACGGGCUGCGAUAUCCAAGAUUCUCCUUUCCUCCAUACAUGACCCGACAGCAAAAGGAAAGGGCCGCCAGAGUGCAUUGUUGUAUGGGAUUUUGGUGGCGCCGGGGGGGCAGUUGAUUGAUAUCGUCCGGCCCCGGCAGCACAGUCUACAUCCAUCUGACCUACAUUUGCUGUUCAAUAUGCUUUACAACAGCAGUACAUUCUCACAAGGGGAACAUUGGUUGCCGAUUUGUCUGCCAAAGUUUAAUCCGAAUGGGUUUUUGUAUGUUUAUUUGGGGUGGAUCGGGGGUGGGAGCGGCAAUGGGGGAACAGGGUUGAGAUGUGUGUUGGUUAGUGCGGAGAAGGAGGGCUUUUUCGCGUUGAGGGGGGUCAGGGAACGAAUCGAGGAGGAAAUGCGUGAAGGUAAGCUGUUGGGAAAGGUCGAGGGCAGUGUGGGGCGGGGACGGAAGACCUGUGCGGAGAUCGGAGCGGGGUACAUCCGGCAUUUCCUCUACAAAUCUCGAGCGAACGUACAAUUUGUAAUGCCGCCAUGGGGACACCACUACAACCCCCUCCCCGACCGCCGACGACUCGGACAACUAUAUCAUCGUCUACACGCCGCAAUCCACGAGAAACACACCAAAGACCGACUACACGAAGUCGUGACGGAGACAGAGACGGGGUUCGCGUGGGUGACGCCUGAGUUUGAGUUGUACUGUGUUGGAGGACCGAGGGUCCCGAUCUGGGUGUUGGUGCAGAAUGCAAAUGUGAUUGUGAAGUGGGCGAGGAGGGAAGAGGGGAGAUUGUUUUGCGUGGGCGGGGCCGUGUUUUAACGAAAGAGCGUGGAGGGGCGGAGAAGGAGGGUGUAUGUUAGGAUACCGAAGAUACCCAAGAUCAAACAAUUCUUAGCAUUCAAGGUUUGUCGUGGG